AUGGCUAGCACCGACGCUGCCACUCCUGCAUUGGAGACCUCCCGCAUCUUCGUCAGAGGGCUGCCACCCAAGAUCACCGAUGCCGAGUUUCGAAAGCACUUCUCGGCUGGUGGUCGCGAAGUGACCGACGUCAAAGUCAUCCCACAGAGGAGGAUCGGCUAUGUUGGAUACAAGACUCCGGACGUUGCUGCCAAGGCGGUCAAGUACUUCAACAAGUCUUACGUCCGCAUGUCGAGAAUCAAUGUUGAACUUGCAAGGCCGAUUGCAGAUCCCGCCCUUCAAAAGACGAGGGGGGUGAGCGGGCCGUCAUUUGUGGCGAAGAUGUCAGAUUCAGCAGCCCCUCUACCACCUAGCGCCGAGCAGGAUGAUGGCUCGAAAAAGAAGCGCAAGCGCGAGGAGGUUGAUGAAUCCAAUCCCAAGCUGCGCGAGUACUUGUCAGUCUUUCAGCCUGGGAAGAAGUCUGCUGCCGAUGAGAUGGCGGAUAUGAUGGCCCCUGCUGCUGUUAAAGAGCAGAAGAAGUUGCUUGAAGAUGGCGAAAGUGACGAUGAAUAUGAGGCCAUCCCGGCUCGGCCUGAGAAACGGCAGAUGAGGGAGGCACAGAAGGGAGACCAGCGCCCCGCGGAGCCUUUGCCUGAAAAGGACGAGCCCAUGCCGGACGCUGCCUCUGUCGCCGACCCUGAGCCAGACGCGACUCAGGAGGAGGGUGCUGUCCCCGCUGCUGGUGUCAAUAACAACGCGGCAACUACAGACGAUGAUUGGCUCCGUUCGAGGACGAACCGUCUUUUGGACCUCGUGGAUGACGAGGUACCCCAGCCGGUACCCCAGCCCUCAGCUCAACGAGACAAUCAAGAGACAGUCGGAAGCGCAUCCGCGGUCAUCCACGAGGAACCCGUGGAGCCCUCCGAGAAAGCCGAGACAGAAAGUCCAGCUGGAGCCGGCGACGCCCCGGCCCCCUCUGAGAAGAAGGCUGCGGAAGACGAGGACGACACCCUUGCCACCAUCAAGCGAACCUCCAGACUUUUUGCGCGUAACCUAGCUUACAGUGUCAACGAAGAGGACUUGCGGGCGCACUUCGAGCAAUUCGGAGAGCUUCAAGAGGUACAUCUGCCGGUGACUGCUACUGGCGCAAGCAAGGGCUAUGCCAUGGUCCAGUUCACGAAUGCCGACUCUGCUGUCACCGCAUUCCAGUCCUCGGAUGGUCAGACUUUUCAAGGGCGACUUCUACACAUCUUGCCCGCUGCGGAAAAGCGCAACACAGGGCUGGACGAGUUUGCAAUCUCCAAGCUGCCCUUGAAACAGCAAAACCUGAUCCGAAAGAAGGCGGAGGCUGCGUCUAGCUCCUUCAACUGGAAUUCACUGUACAUGAACCAGGACGCUGUCAACGCCUCAGUCGCCAGCCGCCUGGGUGUGUCUAAAUCAGAACUGCUGGAUCCCACGUCGGCGGACGCCGGUGUCAAGCAGGCCAUCGCCGAGACGUCGAUCAUCCAGGAAACUAAGGCAUACUUUGCAUCGAAUGGCGUAGAUCUCGAUGCCUUCAAGUCACAAAAGCGGGGCGACACGACCAUUCUGGUCAAGAAUUUCCCCUUCGGGACGACGAUGGAGGAGCUGAGGACCAUGUUUGAGGAGCACGGCACUGUCCUGAGAGUGCUGAUGCCACCGAGUGGGACCAUUGCCAUCGUCGAGUUCGCCCAGGCCGCACAUGCUAAAGCAGCGUUUGCCAAGCUCGCUUACAGGCGGAUCAAGGACACCGUCCUGUUCUUGGAGAAGGGGCCUAAGGACCUUUUCAAGAAUGAUGCCUCAGUAAACAUUAUGCAGGGCAAGGAAGAUCGGCCCGUAGGCGUGCAGAAGCUCAGCGUUACUGAGCUUCUGGAGCGUGGUGAGCAGGGCGAGGCAGACAUUCAGACAACGUCGCUGUUUGUCAGAAACCUGAACUUUUCCACCACGACGGAGAAGCUGGCCGAGACGUUUAAACCGUUGGACGGUUUUGUGUCCGCUAGGGUGAAGACAAAGAUGGAUCCCAAGAAGCCAGGACAGGUGCUCAGUAUGGGAUUCGGCUUUGUUGUCUUCAAGACAAAGGAACAGGCUUCAACGGCUCUCAAAUCAAUGGAUGGGUUUGUCCUCGACGGUCACACCCUCGCCGUCAAGGCCUCCCACAAGGGCCAGGAUGCGGCGGAAGAGCGCCGCCGGGAAGACAAGGCUCGCAAGGCGGCGGGCCAGCGUACCAAGAUCGUCAUCAAAAACUUGCCCUUCGAGGCAACCAAAAAGGACAUUCGCACGCUGUUCAGCACUUAUGGCCAGCUCAGAGCUGUGCGCCUGCCCAAGAAGUUCGGCAACUCAACCAGAGGUUUUGCUUUUGCGGAGUUUGUCACCCCUCGGGAGGCGGAAAACGCGCUCAACGCUUUGCGAGACACCCAUUUGCUGGGCCGCAAGCUUGUUCUCGACUACGCCGAGGCGGAGGCAGUCGAUGCCGAGGAGGAGAUUGCCAAGAUGCAGCGCAAGAUCGGUGGCCAGGUCAGCAAGGUUGCCCUUUCGCAGCUCAUGGGCCAGGGCAGGAAGAAGGUCAACAUCGGCGAAAAUGCCGACGAGAUGGAUAUGUGA